AUGAGCAAGCACGCCUUCGAUGAGACGACUGUCAUCGCUACCGGCGUCCAGACCUUCCAGGACCGUUUUGGCAAGAAGCGUCCGUUUGACGAUGACACGCCGGUGAUCGCGCAAUGGAGGUGUAAUUUGACAGGCUUGUCGCAAGUUCACAAUCUCUACUUUGUCGCCUACGGCAAGGAUAUAUACGUUUACACCCCAGAGUUUCCUACUCAACAGAUAGCAGAGCAGCCGGCAUUAAUCUUCACAUCACAGCCGUCGAGUUCUGGAUUACAAGGCCAUCUCGAUCGGAGGAAUCCACACUGCAUCAACAGUCUCAUCGUUCAAGACCUUGGAACUGAAGAAGCGGUCGCGGUGGUGCGAGAUGAUGGCGAUGUCGACGCCUUCCUCGUCCGGCAUAUCGUUCAAGCCAUCGAUAGGAGAGCUGAGCCGGACAGCACCAUCGGCAUAACAGGAGACGAGAUACGACCAUUCUUCCAAAGCAACGUCGGCAUCUCAGCAUGGGGCCUGGCUAUCCACACCGAAGCGCGCAUCCUCGCGAUCAGCUCCAACGCCCACGAGGUCAGAGUCUUCAAAUUCGGCCUCCUACAAGCAGAUGAAGAUGUCGCAGCGCCAGACAACGGUGAAGGUUCUGACAACGAUCAACACCACCACCGCAAAACAGACAUCACCCACCACGUCCUCAACGGCGAAACCAACAUCCCCCACAUCGCCUUCUGCAACACCGGCGACGACCCGGAAGCCCGCUGGCUCCUCACCACGGACAUCAGCGGCGUGUGUCGCGUCAUGGACCUGCACGCUCUCCACGCCGUCCAAGCUUUUCGAUUCGGAAGGUCGUGGUUCAGUCAGUAUUCCGGUGGUUUCGACCGGCUAAAUGCGGGUUGGGGGAUCAUGUUUUUGGACCGGAGGGCUUUUUGGCCCGAGAGGGAUUUCGAUGCUGCGCUGGGGGCGCAGGAGGGGAUGAAGGUGACUGUGGCGGCGAAUGGGGAUUUGAUUUGGGAUAUCAGUGAUACGGUGAAGGGGUUGGAGGAAUUUGGUGAGCCUUUCAUUGGGCAGAGGGGGCAGAGGGGGCCGGGUGUUGCAGAUCGGGUAGAAAGUGAAGAGGCGAGAGCUGCGCGCCAGUCGAGGGAGGCUACUAGGGCUAUGACUUUGGAGGAGGGAUUGUACGGCCCGGUCAUAAGCAGCGACGAGAGCGACGGUGAGAGCGAUGAUGAGAGCGACGGCGGCGCUCCAGUGGACAUCGAGAUCGACAUGGGCGACGCAGAUCAAGACACCAGCCAGGAGAGCGAUUCUGAUGUCCCAUCCGAACGCCGCCUAGCCAUUGCGCGCGAGGAUGUCGAACGAUCGCGCAGAGCCCUUGAAGCGCACUACCACGACGACAUCAUCUCGGAAGAGUCCGACGACGAAACCGGCGAAGGCGUCUUCUCAGAGCACAUGUUAAUCAACGACGCCUCCGACCCCGAAGACGAAGGCACCGAAGACACCCUCUCCUACACAGCCCUCUACUCCGGCGCCUCGAUCGCCGGCAACGCUCCGCGCUUCAUCUCCCCCUCUCCCCUUUGCGAAGGGCUGCCGUGUCCGAUCCUCCACUCUUCAGUCCGGAACAUCUACCUCCUGCAACCUUCCCACCGCCACGACGAACGGCAGCACCCGCGACAGGAUCUGGACCAGUCUUCCGCCCUCACACCACCACUAAUUGGUCUAGCGAACCCGCUACGGCAGACGAUAAGCCAGUGCUUCGAGCACCUCCGUCUCUUUGACCGACUGAACAUGCACGUCUCCAUCCCAUCCCUCGGCCUCCUCGUCCUCGCCUCCCAGAAAGGCCGCGCGAUCGUUUUGGCUCUGACGAAGUUAAGCCCGCAUCCGCCGGUCAAGGGGAAUGGGGGCAAGGGUGUCUACUGCAUGCGUGUUGAGGCUAUUCUGCCUUUUGCGCGGCAGGAGAGGGAGGGGAGUAGGCCUGGGGCGGGUUUGCUUGGGAUUGCUGCGAGUCCGGUGCAAGGGGUGGGUGGGGAUAAGGGAGGAUGGGAAGGGGAGGGGAGGUGGCGGUUGCUGAUGAUGUUUCAGGAUCAGACGGUUUUGAGCUAUGAGUUGAGGAGGAGUAGGGGUGGGGAGGGAGUUGGGGAGGUUGUGGUGUGA